GCUGGUAUCGGGGAAGUCAAGGAUAUGGCCUCGGCUAUCGUCACACUCUCACUCCCAAAAGAUAAAGCGAAGGAGAUCCAUGGCUAGGGUUCGAAGCUACUGCGUCCCAUCGAAGCAGGCUGCCUUGAUCUGGAUCUCCUCCGCCCUCCUCUUCUUUCUUACGUUUCGAGCUGCCAUGAAGAAUUCCUCCUUUCCCAAUUCCGAUUCCCCUGCAUCGAUCGCGGAUCAGCGGUCGCGAUUGUACGAUAAGAUGGCGCGGGAUUUAGGUGAGAACGGCGCGGCCUUCCUUAAAGGUGGAGGGACUUCGCAAAGUCUUUCUCUUUCUGAUAUUUUUGUUCUGAAGGAUGGCGCAGUCACUCCUGUACUUAAGGCUGCCAAUCCUCCAGUUCGAGCAAACGUGCUUUACCUGAGCCCGGAAUUUGCGACGCCUAUCUCACAGGCUGUUAGAGAGAUCUUUCUUCCCUAUUUUGAUGGAGUAAUCUGGUUUCAAAAUGCAAGUCUACAUCACUUCAGUAUGUUCCAUGCCUCCCAUCAUAUAACACCUGUUGUCGCAACUGAAAAUGAGAUUGAAGCUGAAGCAAGUGCUAUUAAAGGCGUUGCAGAGGUUCUUUGCCCCCUGAAGAUUGUCUUGGAUAGGGUGGUGCUGACAUCAACUGGUGUGCUUCUAGGAUGUUGGCAGGUCCUCUCUGGUUCAGAUCCUACGGUGAUCCGUGCAAAAUUAAGGAAUGCCCUUCCUCAUGCACCUGAAAAGCAACUGUAUGACCCUGUUUUGCUUCACACUUCCUUUGCAAGACUUCUAGGACACCCAAAAGUUCAAAUCAAGGAGGUGAAGAAACCAUUUGAUCUACUACAGUUCUUUGAUGAGCUGGUUGCACAAGUUAACGAUAAACUUCGUGGUUUUGAGGCAACUGUAUCAGAGCUCUGGUUUGUAGAAGAAUAUGAUGUCCUAGCGCUUGCAUUGAAUGGAAGAAUCAAGACAAGGAGAUUCCAUCUUGGCUGCCAAGGAAAUUAGAACCUUGAAAGUAGAAAUAUGAUUUUUGAAUAAGAAAUCUUUGUGUGUUAGAAUAUUGAUAUGGCAAUCAUAUGGUUAGGCAACCCUCUCGUGAAACUACAAUAGGCUUAAAGCAGUACAACAUUAGGACGGACCUCAUGCAGAUGGUGCUUCUACAAACAAGAUUCUAGGUGGAUAUGCAUGGAUUAGGGCAGUAUUUUUCAAGUUGCAUUCUGUUAUAACCUUUGCUCUUCGUACCAUGGAGAUAAACAUGUGUGAAAAAUUGUAUUUUAUAUGUAAUUAUUGGAUGCACAAGCUGUUGACCCAUACUAAUUGCAUAUCAUCAAGGCUAUGUAAAGGAUAGAAACUUGUCCAUAAUGUCUUCUUUGAGCAAGCCUUAUGGGGUGCUGCCAAACUGCAUAGUUGCUUUCUUUCUCAAUGAUUGGGUGUAUUCCAGAAGAAAAUUAUUCAGUUCCCAAUUGCAAAGGGCUGAUGGGAGCUCCCAGUUCUUAUUA